AUGAGAACUUUCUGGCUGCUGAUUUUAGAGAUUUUUGCGAAGAAAGAAUGCCCGUCGAUUCAGGGAAACUUGAGUCAAGAUGGAUUCUCCCCAACAAAAAACUACUAUUUUCGUCCAAUCGACACGCCUUACGAUACUUUUUACAAAAUCCCAUCAGACGGUCUUCCCUGCGAACUUCAUUGCUCCAACACUGCCGGCUGCCAUGCUUUUAAUACGCUAGAAACUGGAACUUGCGAACUCGUCCUUGGAAUCUGGCAGGAGUACCCUAAGUCGUCGAUUUCAUCAGGCUUUUUUCAUGAUUUUUGUGUUCCUUAUCAGACCUCUAGCUAUCGAAAAAUCACUGAAUUUACGGUCGUUUUUACAGCAAAUAUAACGGACAAGAUUUUAUUGGAGAGAAUAAGAAAUCAAGUGACUGAGAUUGAGUUUGAUUCCUGGAAGAUGGAAAGUGAUCACAUGAUGGCUUCAGCGAAAAGGGUUGAAAUUUCGACAAGAACAAGGGCAAACAGAAAACAUAUUCUCUACGCGAAUUUCAGAAUUUUAAGCUACCUCAAAUUGAAAUAUGGGAAUGCAAAGAACACCCUUGGCCGAUUGGACCGGGAAAUUUCUCAAUACCUUUCUUCAAAACUCAGCUAUAUCGAAGGAGCCAAACCAAUCAGAAAUUUUCCAAACCCAAAACUGAUCGUCCGAAUUCAUGAAAUCAACGGAGGAGUGAAAACGGGUGUUUGCUUCAAAGGCAAAAACUGCAAGUGCACUGAUGUGGGCGAAGAAAAUGAAUUUCCUGUUCAAAAUACCAUGCUGAGAACCUCGCGGACGGGACCGCAAAACAAGUGUUCCCUCAAGUCAAGGCACAAAAAAAGCACUAAAAACCGCAAAAGCACCGAAAAAUCAACAAUGGUUUGCGAGCUGCAUAAUUUCUGGGAGUGGGUGUACAACGCCGCGGAUCACUUCCACCGCGAUCCCGUCGCCAACGUCGUCAUCUAUUCCUCCAUCGGUCUCUUUUUCGCCACCGUUGCCUGGGUCCUCACGAUUCCAGCCUACAUCUUCCUUCAAGACGUCAACCCGCUCUUCGAAUGCGGUGUUCACGAGAGCUCUUGUCACUUCAUCAUCUCGUUGGUUUUCGCCGCAGUGGUCAGCGUCAUCUUCGCCAUUGGCAUCGCUGCUGGUGAAAAGCACAAACCGACAUUGUACUCAUUUUUCAAUGGAAUGGGAUUUCUUGGAAUGAUCUUGGAGCUGUACUCCUGCAUCGCUCUCACCCAAACCAUCGUCAGCUACAACAAAAACACCUCUGUCCCCAACAUCACGACCAUGAACACGACUGGAAACAAGCAGCUUAUCAACGGAUUGACCUACACCGCGGUGGCGUGCCAUUUCGUCGUUUUCUUCGCGCUUUUUAUGGCGCUCAAGUUUUCGUUUUUGGUCAAUUGGUACUUCACAUACCAGGACAAGCUGAUCUACGCUGAUACCGUCCGACUCAAGCAUGGCGGCAUGGGCGGAAUGCACGGAAACAUCGAUCUCGGCGUCGCUGAAAUCAAAGACAACAACUUCAAAGCUGAGGGACUCGUCAAGGGAAUGGGCAAAAUCAAGAAGAGCACCGUUCAACCCACCAACGUCCCUGUUUGA